CCCCCCCAGAUAGGGUUAAGGAUGUAUUUUGUACAUGCAAAUUACCUGUUGGGGUUUUUUUGCAUCUAAGAAUAAUUCAUGGAAUUGAUCUAGGCUUGAACAAUUUUUGUUCAUUGUUUACGAUAUAAAGAAGGAUUAGAUGGUUGCAAUUCAAGAACAUAUUUUAAUUGUCAUCACGAAGAAUGAAUUACAUAAAUCAGAAUUAUGUUGAAAGUAUUUACAUAAAGAAAGAAUAGCAAUAGACCAAGAAGCAUUCCUUGAGGAACACCACAGGAUAUUUCUUUGUUAUGGGAAUCCUGAUUAUUUAUAACAGCGCUUCUCAAACGGUGGGCUGCGAGAAGCUCCAGAGGUAGAAAAAACUAUAGUAUGUUUUACAGACCUGGACCUGUCCGACAGCCCAAAUAUGUUAUGUUUGUUCAGUUUACGUGGGUCAAACAAAGCUAAAAGCAUGCUUUAUGCAUGUUGCAAUAUGCAUACAGAUUAUGAUGGUUUCGAUCUAACUUUGAUGUGAACCUUAAUUGUGUAUAAUUUAGUUUUUGUUGCCCAUUUGCAAAUGCAGUUAGUUCUUGAACUGCUUGUUUCGAACAUGCUUCAGGGCUUCGUGCUCAAAUUUCACACAAACAUACUUUCAUCAAAAUGGUCUUUUUUAAAGCAAUUUAAAAAGGGCGAGGGAGUUAGAAACAAAUGGAAAAGUCUCUGAAUGUAACUGUAAGAAAAUAUGACCCUGAAUACAUUAAAUUUUGAUUCAUCAUGACUGGCAGUGAUACAAAAUCAUAAGCAAUGUGUGUCGAAUGUUGAAGGUAUUCAGCAUUUGUUGUAUACGUUUGGAGGGGCGCAAAGGCCGGGCUACUGAAAGUUAUACGCACUAAUAUGCCCAUUAUAAUCAUUAUCUAUCUUUGAGUCGAGACAAGUAGUCAUAUUGCUUUCUUAAAAUAUUGGUAGGUGGGCCUCGAAAAAUAAUUGAGAGUCAAAGUGGUCCUCGAGUAAGAAAAGGUUGAGAAGCGCUGAUUUAUAGUAAACAUAUUAUUUCUGAUCCAUUAGCCUAAUGCACCACUCCACGUUCUUUCUUUGAAUCACAUUAUACAUUGUGAAAAUCAUUUUAUUUUAUUUAUAACUAAGAUUUGUCAUAAGACAGGCCAUGGAAAGCAUUUUUUCAAUUAAAUAGUCUUUGUCUGCAUAUCGUUUUGAAAUGGGAAAUCAAUUGAUCCCCAUACUUCUUAUCAAUUGUAAUCUGACAUUUUACUUUAGAAGAAUGUUACAAUUCAUUAUUGGAAUAAAUGCAAAAAUAAAUAUGUUGCAUUUCAAUGAGAGUCAACUAUGGAAAAAAAAUAUCCACACAUCAGGUAUUUCAUUAUGCUCUGAUUAUGCCAAAAAAUUAUUUAAUCAGUUGUUUGGUUGUCUGGUUCAGAGUGCUUCUAAUUGAUGUUUAUAUAAAGUCAAGUUUAUUCAAGAAUGGGGCCCGUUUUGAGCCUUUAUGUCAAAAGCACACAUAGUGAGUUAAUGAUCAUUCAAAGAGCCUAUAGACAUGUUAUAUUUCUAGAUUGGAAUUACUAUAGCAAUGCUUCUUGUUUAUUUAUGUAAUAUCAACAUGCUAUGAUUAAAUGAGACCUAUUAGUAGAUGGUGAUUGGUACCUUUGAAUUUUUCUGUAUGACCAACAUUGGUCAGUAAUUGGCUUCAAGCAGUUUAGAUUAUAUUUCUUUUGAAACUUCUGAGUCUUUCUUGCUAAUUUUGUGCAUUAAUGAUUUCAUCGUUAUUUUCGCCUUGGGUGAUGCCAUUUCAUUCUGUUGAAACUUUUAGUUACUCCACUUCAAAUGAAAUAACUUGAAAUGGAGUAGCUAAGAGUAAAAGAAAAAAAAUGAAACAACAUUGGUGCAUCGAUCACCAAAACUAUGUUUGGCAGCAAGGAGAACACUACACAACACACUGUGUCUUUGAAAAUGCCAUAAGGAUUACAAUAACAUGCAUCACAGGUAUAUAAUUUCUCUUGUGAAUCAUUGUCUCAUCAUGGCCUUUGGUCACAAUAACAUCUCAUUCACUUGAUGAAUUCUAAGUAUAUGAACUUGAAUUCUAAAGCACUGUAUGCAUGAAAUCCACCUUUUAGCAAUAGAGGUUUUGCAUUCAAAAGUAUAUAUGCACAUCGAUUGAAAUGAAAAUUACUACUUAAACCAAAAAACCUCAUUGUUAAGCACACAUGCAAAAACUAUAAUGCACAUACUUUAAAAAAAAUUAUUUUCGCUAAAGAAAAAUGCCCAAUCUACCUCAAACUGCCGUGGCAAGGGAAAGCUUUCCAAAAGUUUGAGAUGCAAAUUAAGAAAGCAAUAUCUUGUGCCUUCCCUAGCAUUGAAGAGCAUAUGGUAUUUACCACAUACAAAAUGAUCUCAGCUAUUCGAAAGGAUGUGCUCCCUAUCUCUCACUGCAGUUGUGUUAUUUACGAGCGUAAGUGCCGUUGUGAAGCCUGGUACAUAGGGAGUACAACCCAAUGAUUAGCAGAUUGCAUUAGCUAUCAUGUGCCCACCUCUAUCCGAAAUUGUCAAAUUAGCGCGCAUUCACAACCUCUGUGCGCAUGCAGAAAAUGUACCGCAAUAACUGCGACGGAUGGUGGUGGCAGUUUGGCUAUUGCUAACCACUUGCUGAUCAACCAAGCAUGCACUGAACAAUACUGUCCAUCUUGGUUUAAGGUGCUCAGCCAAGGAAGGAAUUACUUGAGGCAUGAGUAUAUCCGGCUAGCAAACCCGAUUCUGUGCCACCAGAAGGAGUUUGCAAGUUUGUGUCCAUUUAGUUGCUUUACUUCAAUUUACGGUUGGUACUAAGCGUAACUUGUUUACCUUGACAGCCAAUCAUGGCUCACCAUUUAGCAUCCAUUGUCUAGUUUGGGUUCUAUUAUAUAUUAUUUUUGCUGUAGCAUUUUAGUCAUUCAUGCGAUUUUACCCUGGUGAGUGCAUGUCGUUAAGCUUCAGUAUGUCCGUUUUAAAAAAAAUAGUUACCCAUAUUUUAAACAAACAAAAAAUCUUACUGUGUCUGAAUAAACCUUAAAGGUUGGAAGAUUGCAUAUGAGCAUAUUAACAACAUAAAGACAUAACUAGCAUCUAUCAUAGCAAAGACUGAAGAAAAAGUGAUGGGAGAAGAUGAGGAAGGAGCAAGAAAGAAAGAGAGAGGAGAGAGACAAAGAAGGAGCGAGAGAGAUGUGGAGGAAGUUGUUGUAAAUGCUGGUGGUAGUUAGUAGAUGCUUUUCAAUCCCUAAGAGAUCAGAUAUGGCAAAAGUAAUAUUACAUUUCCUGUUACAUCCGCUAUUAUUGAAAUUCAACUGUAUAUGUAAUCCCUGUGUCUCUUCAUGCCUCAAGAUCAAGUUUCUAUGUAAAAUAUUUGAUGGUAUAAAAGCGGUUGCGCCUCUGCAAGUCAGCAGAUGGAAGUCGCAGGAUGGUUGAAACACCCAACUGAUUAGCAAGUUCCUCCUAUCCUAAUCUUUAUGACAUAGGCUUCAACCAUUUCAUUACGACUAAACAGCAUACUUCUUCAAGUUACAUAUAAACUGAAGCAACACUAAGGCUUCAAGCCAACAUAUCUUUAGAAGAAAAACAGUUGUAACAGAAUCUGAAUAAGAUAGGCAAAUAUGGAGAUAACACCAGGACUAGACUCCGAUGAACUGAUGGAAAACAUGUCUGAAAAUGGAACACAGCGGGUCAUUUCAAUUUAUGAGGAAUACGGAUACUUCAAUGUUAUUAUUGUUUCUACACUAUUUUCAGUGAUUGCCAUUGUAGGACUUACAGGAAACGCCAUGAUCUUUGUUGCUGUGGGGUUAUCUUGCAAACUCCAUAACAUAACCAAUGCUUUUAUUGUCAACCUGAGCAUUUGUGACUUUUUAACAUGUGUUCUCCUGCCCUUCCAAGCAGCUGCUGUGAUAUCAGAGGAUGGGUGGCCACUUGCAGAUUGGUUUUGUUAUGCCAUAGCAUCUCUUACCAUCAUCUUCCCUACUGCUAGCAUAUUGAACCUGGCUUUGAUAAGUCUCAAUAGAUACAUAUUGAUCACCAAGCCUCGAAAGCUCUACAUGAAGGUGUACACCCAUCACAAGGUUGCCUGGAUGAUUGCCUUGACAUGGCUCUUCCCAUUCUUCAUCCUUCUCAUGCCUCAAUUCUUUCUGGGAGGAAUGGGUUACCGCCAAAAAUUCAGGGUCUGCAUCUGGAACUCUGAGCACAAACUUGCUCAGAUAUUUCAGGGGAUUGGUGCCCUCGCAUUUAUCGUUUCUACUGUCAUCAUUAUCUUCUCCUACGGAUCCAUCUUUUGCUUCGUCCGACGACAUAUGCGCAUGAUGGCCAACAAAGAAGAGAGCAACGACAUAACAACAUCAGUAAACACCAUUGAGAGUACUCUUAAUAAUAAAGAAGGAAAUAGAAUCAAAUCUUAUAGAUCAGCUAUAAAGAAGAAAACAAUCAGUGACAAACAAAUUGAGAUCACUAAGAACCUCUGUGUAGUAGUUGUCACAUUCUUCAUCUGCACCUUGCCCUACGCAAUUCAUCUUCCAACAAAAAUAUAUGACAUGCGGGGCACCUACUUCGGUAUGUUACUGAAUUCCCAUGCUUGCAUUAAUCCCAUUAUUUAUGCAGCGAAGCAUCCACAUUUCAAGAUCAUCUUCCAUUGCAUGUUUCGAUGCAAAUACUCUGAUAUUCCAGCACCUUCAGUGGGACUGAGGAGAAUUUUAAAUAUUACAUCACUGACAACAGUUAAUAGCAGCACUGAUGGAAGAUUUGCCUGAGAUAGAAAUAGGACAAACCCGAUAUCACUGCUUGUAAAAUAGGAGGGGAGUACAGUAUCCUCAUAUAGCACAAUCAUGAACUAUACACCUGUAUUGAUUUUCUACCAAAUACUUCAAUAGUUAGAAUCUUCAAGAACUAGCUGGUACUACCAAGUAAUAAGAAUGACAAAGAAAUCAGUAAUCAAUAUUUACAAGACUUCUGAAUAGCGAUCAAUGUACAAUGUAUAUUUGAAUCAUCAUUCAAUAGUCAACCACACAUUGCCUGAUCAAAGACCUAAUGUAAACAAGCAACAUGCUAUCGCAGCCUUAUGAUAUAUACAUAUAUAUAAUCUGGAUCCACCAAUGGAUUUUCUAUCUACACUUAUUCAAAGUACAACUGCCCUUGACUGAUAGAUAGCUCUAAUAUAGCCAUUAGAGAAACUGGUUACAAAACAAAAAGAGAAUAGUUUGAAUCAUAGCUAAAGCAAGCCCAAUAUCAAAAGUUAAUACACUACAUACUCAGAGCUUAAGCUGCUCAAUUCAAAAGAUAUUACAACUUUCCAGCAAUGUAUUUUAUUAAUCAGUGUAUUAAUCAGCUUAUGCCUGUUCAUUUUUCUCAGUUGUUUGAUACGAAUCAGAAUUUAUAUAAAUACAAUACAUGCUCCUCUUCAUUAAUGCAUUGGCUAAGACACAGGACGUGUUCUUAUC